UGUUGAUAGUUUAUAUAUGUGGGUUUUCUAAACAUAGCAAUUGGAAGAGGAAGGUAGCUAGGGCACCUAGGCAACAAAUGAGAGAGAUGAUGAUUGGCAUAUGCAGAAAGGAUAUUACAGAAGAAGUAAAGAAACAGCUAUGGCUGGCAGUGCCAAUGGUAUUUGCAAGUGUGUUUCAAUACAGCUUACAAAUGAUAUCUCUCAUGUUUAUAGGCCAUUUAGAUGAUGAGGUGCUUCUAGCUGGUGCUUCUUUGGCAAAUUCAUUUAUGAACGUCAUUGGUAUAAGUGUAUUGUCACAGAGACCCCAUGAUUUUGUUGAAGCUCUAAAGUGCUGUUUGCCUAAAAUAACGAUAGGUUUCGCAUGUGCACUGGAAACUUUUUGUGGUCAGUCCUUUGGAGCACAAAAGUAUCAUAUGGUGGGCAUACACUUGCAAAGAGCGAUACUGAUAAACAUGCUUCUUACUAUACCUCAGUCCAUUAUUAUGCUAAACUUAAAGCCUAUUCUAAUUUUUUUACAUCAAGACCCAAAGAUAGCAACAGAAGCUGAAUUAUACGGAAGAUAUUUGAUUCCAAACAUUCUUGCAAGUGGUAUUCUAAAAUGCAUUGUUAAAUUCCUACAAACUCAAAACAUAGUAUUUCCUUUGUUGGUAGCUUCUGGAAUUACUAGCUUGUUACAUUGUCUCAACUGUUGGAUUUGGAUUGUAAAACUAAGGCAUGGAAUCAAAGGAGCAGCAAUUGCAACUUGCAUGUCAAAUUGGACAUACACAGUGUUAUUAGUAUUUUACAUCAAAUUCUCAUCUUCUUGCAAAAGUACAUGGACUGGUUUUUCAAGAGAGUCAUUGCAUAACAUCCCUCAAUUCCUCAGGAUUGCUUUUCCUUCAGCAAUCAUGGUCUGCUUAGAAUCUUGGAUGUAUGAAAUAAUGGUUCUCCUCUCUGGUACUCUUCCUAAUCCAAAAUUGCAAACUUCAGUGCUUGCUAUAUGCAUGAAUAUAGCAUCAGUUGUGUGGAUGCUUUCCUCUGGAUUCACUGGUGCUGCAAGCAUUCGUGUUUCAAAUGAAUUAGGAGCUGGUAAUCCAAGAGCUGCACAUUUGGCCGUGUGUGUCGUUGUGGUGCUUAAUAUUACUGAGGCCUUCUUCGUUGGAACUGUGAUGAUAUUGUUACGAAAUAUAUGGGGCUAUGCAUAUACCAAAGACAUUGAAGUUGUCAAACAAAUAGCAAUUAUGUUACCAAUUCUUGCAGUAUCCUACUUUCUGGAUUCACUACAAAGUGUUCUUGGAGGCAUUGCUAGAGGAUCUGGUUUGCAAAAAGCUGGUGCAGUUGUCAAUUUGGGGUCAUGCUAUUUAGUUGGGAUUCCAGCAGCCAUAAUAUUUGCUUUUGUAUUGCAUAUCGGUGUGAAGGGGCUAUGGUUGGGGAUCCUAUGUGCAGUCAUUGCUCAAGCGUUUUCUCUAAUGUUGAUUACAUUACGACUAGAUUGGGAGAAAGAGGCAAACAAGGCUAGAGAUAGAGUCUAUAAAUCUAUAACACCAGAGAGCUUAGUCACAUGAAGAAUAUUACUUAUAUUUUAGCUUCUUAAUGUACUAGAAUAGGAUAUCUUUUUUCUACCAAAAAAAUGAAUGGGAUAUCUAUUAAUGUUAUGAUUUUUAUAAAACAAAUUUGUUAGGAAAUACAGGCUCUUGAUGUUUUGAUGAAUUAUAUUUGGUACUCAUUAUAA